UAUACGAAGACUUAAUGCUGUGAUAGUAGAUUACUUACAGGAUACUCUAGAAAGUAUGGUGAAAUGUGUGGAGGAGCAAUGUCCGACAGUGUUUGGGAGUGAGCGUGUGCAGGAUGACGUCCGUAAGAUGUGUCAACAAAAAAGUCGUUUGGAGCCUGAAUUUGUGCGAACAUGUAUUUUAGAGCAAGCUGGAACAAACAUCAUGAACAAAGUCAAUGAACUGAGUUUGGCGGUAGCAUCUCAUGUAUCGGAUCGGUUAACAGAUGAAGUUAUUGAAUCCCUGUCGAAAAGUCAUAAAUCGUUG